UAUUUAGAAAUGAAAAACAAUGUGACUGAAUUCAUUCUCCUUGGACUGACACAAGACCCAGUGAAACAGAAGAUAGUAUUUGCCAUCUUCUUGAUAUUCUACACUGCAACUUUGUUAGGAAACCUGCUCAUCAUUUUGACCAUCAAGACCAGUCUCACACUUGGGGCCCCCAUGUAUUUCUUUCUGACUCACUUGUCUUUUGCAGACUCCUGUUUCUCUAGUACUACAGCCCCCAAACUGAUUGUAGACAACCUCUCCAAAAAGCAUACUAUCUCCUUUAAUGGCUGCAUGACCCAACUAUUUGGAAUGCAUUUCUUUGGAUGCAUGGAAGUCUUGGUCCUUAUCCUCAUGGCCUAUGACCGCUAUGUGGCCAUCUGUAAGCCACUGCACUAUACAGUCAUCAUGAACCAGAGGAUGUGUGGGAUUUUAGUAAUAUUGGCCUGGGUAGGGUCUUUUCUGCAUUCUAUCACCCAGAUCUUCCUUGCCUUGAGUUCACCCUUCUGUGGUCCCAAUGUGAUUGAUCACUAUUUGUGUGACUUGCAGCCUUUGCUGAGAUUGGCCUGCACUGACACACACAUGAUAAACCUAUUGGUUGUUUCCAAUAGUGGGGUCGUAUGCAUGACAAGCUUUGCAAUUCUAAUGACCUCCUAUGUUUUUAUCCUUUACUCCCUAAGAAAUCAUAGUGCAGAAGGGAAACGUAAAGCCUUGUCCACCUGUACCUCCCACAUAAUCGUGGUCAUUAUAUUCUUUGUCCCUUGUAUUUUUAUAUAUACUCGGCCCCCAAUUGUCUUCCCUGUGGAUAAAUUGGUGUCUGUAUUUUAUACCAUUGGAACUCCUUUGCUCAACCCCUUAAUCUAUACCCUGAGGAAUGCAGAAGUAAAGCAUGCUAUGGGGAAGCUAUGGAGCAACAGAGUAAGCUUACAUGGUAAAUAG